GAAGCUACAGGCACAACAUUUCAGGUGCUCAGGGGAGUAAAAAUGACCAGAAUUAGCGUUAGAGUUAAGGUUGGAGCGCUUAUACGCACAACAAUGGCUUUAUUUGCAUCUUCCACAUGCCUGCUACCAUUAGCAGGUCUUCAAAAUCAG